UUGAAUGUUUAAGCGGCUAUAUAAGUGACAAAGUGACAGUCUCUUUCGUAGGAUUAAUGGCGAUCCUAUUCUGGGAGAUCAAACAAGGUAUUAGAAAAAACAGCAUUAACAGUGGUAAUGGGAAAUUUCUGUCCUUUUGAUGGGAAGCAGGCCCACGUUCAACUGCCAAACAAUGUCUGAGAAACGUGGUAACAAUGAUCGUGUCAUACAAUUAUUGAGUAUCCAUUUAAAUUCAAUGCCUGUUGAAAUGCUUUUUAAAGGAUUCUCCUGGAAUUGCAACACAGAACUGUAUAUUUCACAUCUGAAAGCUGUGCGAUGUGACUGUCUCUUCAGUUUUCUUGUAGCAUGCAGAAUACAUUUGGAGGAGUUGUGUCAGAAAUGGCACCUCAGGAACCAGGAAAUUCAAUUUCAUAUGGUUUUCAUUCUGAUUUACACGUCUUUAAUUUCCACUUUACAGCCUCAGUGCUCGCACCGCGGACGCUCGGGGCAGAGGAGCACUGUUAGGCACAGCCCGUGUCACGGGCAGGCAGUGCCACAGGCUGCGAGCGCCGGUGUGCAGCACGAGGGCUGCCAGCAUUCACGCACAAGACGCGUUCUCGAUAUCCAGCAGUUCCGGGGAUUGGUACUUCUGCUGCUACCGACAGCACAAGGAAAGGUUAAAAGCACGCAACUGAUGCUUUAGGGAAUGGAAGGUGCAUCAGAUGGCUUUGAAGCUGUUGCGUCAGAAGGGUCAGGUGCAGAGCAGUCACCUGCAUCCUCACAACGGGGCGCUGGGGACCCAGCCGAGAAACCUCUGCCUCCAGAACCUGCACGCACUGCACAGUCAGAGAAGGGCUGGGACCGGCAGUCUUCACAAAAUUCAGUACUACCAAAGAAUACAGCAACUGGGACACAGACAGCAAAAAGGAUUGAGGAUAAUGAGACACUUAGGAAGACUAGGGAAAGUCCUGGGAAAGUCAUUCAACAGAAUUAUCACAUGCCUGAUGUCGUAACUGUCAGAGUACAAAGAGCUUCCAUUUUAACAGGUUCAGAUUCAUUUCAAGAAGUAGAUGUAAAAAUUGAAAGACCUACCUAUAGUAAACCUUUUCUGGGUGGAUUUAGGAACGUGUCAACAGGAGUGGAAUUUCAUAACGCAGGAUCUCAAACAAAACCCCCAAAACGACCUCACAAAGGAAAUCAGUUAUUUUGUAAGGAAACACAGACAGCUGUGGAAAAAAAUAAGCAACAACAAACAAGAAAUACAACGUCGACACAGAUGACUAAAAUUGGCCUUUAUGUAUCAAACAUGACUGACAAACUAAUAACUCCUGGAAAAUAUUUUACAGCGGAGGAAUACCAUAAACGUAGACUUGAAGCUGUAAUAGUAUUACAGAAAUAUUUCCGUCGUUGGCAUGCUGUAAAUUUAGUACAAAAUCUGAAGGAACAAAGGAGGUUAAGGCUGGCACGGGAGGCAGAAGAAGAAUUGCAGAAAAAGAGGGAGAAAGAAGAAAAACUGAUAAGGGAGUACGAGAAAAAACUGAACCCUAAAACAAAAGAAGACUUUGAGCUACUGUACCAUGAGUUGGAAUUAUGGAUGCGGGAGGAGACUGAGCGAAUUAACAGAACUCUUACUGGAGCUGAAAGAAAGGCAGCACUUUGUGCACUUCUGGAGGAAGAGACACAGCUCAUUGCUUGCAUUGGGAUGCACAAACUCGAUGCCAAUUUGGAGAAUCAGCAAAAAUCAAUUCUGCACCUUCUGCGUAAGUGUGCACAACCUAGGAGGUGGAAAGCGUUUGAUGGAAAAAUCACUGAAAUGGAUACACAGAACACGCUCCGUGGCAAAGAACUACUUGAAAUCUACCGCAGCCUUACCAAAGAGGACAUCCCAAAAGAUGAGAGAACAUCUGUGCUGUUAACAGUCAAAUAUACAGUGAAGGAACAUGAAUGUAAAUUAACACAGGAAAUAGUAGCGUUAAUUGACAGGGAAAUUGAUCUUUUGUCAAGAGAUGUGAAAGAAUGCAACUUGGAAGGACUGAGGAAAAGAAUUUGUACAUUGUUUCUUCAGUAUAUAAAAAUUCCAGAGUUUAACCCUGAAGUUGCUGGGUUACUUAAGGUUCCACAAGAUCCCUUAACGCUUUAUAAAAAAAUUUACUUCUGUCACAGCUGCGAAAAUUACUUACCAUCUACUGAGUUUCCCGUUGCUGCAAAUUCCCGCACCAUUGGCAGAUGCCACUCCUGUUACCGGCUGGAAAAUGAGGCUCGGCAACGAGAAGCCUAUUUGAAGUACAGACUUAUACUGGAAGAUCUCAGAAAGUCUGAAGUUGAUUAUCAGGAUGAUAGUAAAAUUGUUUUCUUAGUUCAGCUUCCAGAUAUGCAGUACCUGAUUGAGAACAUAUGGAACAGCCAGUCAGCUCUCAGUGCCUCCAGUGACCUGUAUGAUUUGGUUAUGGUUAGGUGGGAUAAGCAGCAUGAGUGGUCUCCAUGGAACACUAUUCUCCUCACUAAAGAAGAGGCAGAUGUGCAUCUUAAGCUGUGUAACCUUCAGAAGACUUAUGAAGCUCCAUUUAUUUACAAAAUGGAACAAAAGCAUAUCCGGGCAAAAAACUACUUUGCUCAGAUUCCUGUGAUGUCAUCAUUUUUGCGUAGAAGUAACAAUCAAUCUAAUGAAAAUUCCUACAAAAAACAUAGUUCUUCAAAGUUAAAGAAGUGAACUAAAUUCCUAGGUUUUAAAGAAAUAUACUUUUUCAUCAAUACUCUAAUUGUAUUACACAGA